AUGGACCCCAGUCUUUUGUUAGCUGCUGCUUAUGGUUUCCGCCGUUUCACUCCUAAUUCUUUGUUUGAAAUUGAGAAUAGAAUUGCUGAGAAUAAAGCAAAACGAGCUCAAGCCAAGCAGGAUAAUAGCAGUCAGCAGGUCAAAGAAGAACACUGCUCUCCCCAGCUGGAUCUGAAAGCUUGCAACAAAUUGCCUACUAUCUAUGGAAAACCUUCACCGGAGCUUGUUGGAGUACCAUUGGAGGAUCUUGAUCCUUACUACAGUGACCACAAGACUUUUAUGGUACUGAAUAGCAAGAAUAUAAUUUUUCGAUUUAGUGCAACACCUGCCUUAUGCAUAUUUGGCCCUUUCAAUCCUAUCAGAAGAGCAGCAAUUAAAAUUUUGGUCCAUUCAUUGUUCAUUCUGUUCAUUAUCUGUGUUGUGGUACUUAACUGUGUACUCAUGGCUCAAUUUCCAUCCUCAGAACAAUCCAAAGUCGCUGAGUACAUUUUUACUGGUAUUUACACCGCCGAAAUAUCAAUAAAAAUAUUGGCAAGAGGAUUUGUUUGGAGUGAACUCACUUUUCUUAGAGAUCCAUGUGAUUGCCUAGACUUCAUUGUUAUCAUUAUGACGUAUAUAAGCCUCAUUGGAUCACUUCAGAAUGUUUCAGCUCUUCGGACUUUCAGGGUACUAAGGACUUUUAAAGCAAUUUCAGUACUCCCUGGUCUGAAAGUCAUUGUAAAUGCACUUAUCCAGUCUGUUAGGAAACUUGCCAAUGUGAUGAUCCUCACUGUUUUCUGCUUGAGUGUCUUCGCCCUUGUAGGCCUCCAGCUCUUUAUGGGCCACUUGAAAUUUAAAUGUGUCCUCAACAAUGCUACAUAUGAUGAAUCACUUUGUAAGGAAGCUAAAGUAUAUGAUUCAAGCAGUCCAGGAGAUGUCUGCGCCAGAAUGAACAAUUCCAAUGACAUAUUACUGUGUAACCCAUAUUCAGAACUUAAAUGUCCAGAGAACUAUUCCUGCCAGAAUCAUAAACCCAAUCCUGAUUUUGGUUACACAAGCUUUGAUAAUUUUGGCUGGGCCUUUCUCUCCAUGUUUCGUUUGAUGACACAGGAUUCCUGGGAGCGUCUCUAUCGUCAAGUUAUCCGAACAUCUGGAAAGACAAGCAUGAUCUUUUUUGUGGUGGUCAUUUUUCUAUGUUCAUUUUAUCUCUUCAACUUGAUCUUGGCUGUUGUAACUAUGGCAUAUGAAGAGCAAAACCAAGCCACACAAGCUGAAAUACAAGCAAAGGAGAAAUUGUUUCAGGAAGCUGAGGAACUACUAAAGAAAGAACAGAUGAAGAGUGCUAGAAAAACAGAUACAGCCACAACUAAUUCCUUUAAGGGAAGGACUACAGAGCCUGAAGGCUUUGGAGAAGAUGAAAGGAUUUUUCACUCACAGCCUGCCCACUGCCAAAGAAAGCUUAAAAAAAUAUUGACAUCUUAUGACGUAUCACUGGACUCAGUUAAUGAUGCCUAUCAAAGACAAAGGUUAAUGAGUGCAGCCAGCAUCAUUACUGAUAACAUGACAUUGAAAAGAUCAAUAUGGAAAUGUCCUCCAUCUUGGAAUCGCUUUGCCCAAAAAUAUCUUAUUUGGCAAUGUUGUCCACUAUGGAUACGUAUUAAAGAGAGCGUGAAGCUUAUAGGAAUGGAUCCACUUACUGACCUCUUUUUCACUUUGUGUAUUGUGGUAAAUACUGUAGUGUUGGCACUAGAGCACCCCACUAUGAACUUGAAGUACAAACACUUGAUUAAUAUAAUCAAUCAUGUCUUCACUGGAAUUUUUACAGCAGAAAUGAUCUUGAAAAUGAUUGCUCUAGACCCCUACUACUAUUUUCAAGAGCACUGGAAUAUUUUUGACAGCUUAAUUGUUGUGUUAGGCCUAAUGAGCAUACCUGAAGGAAUAAACCUGUCGUUUCUCAAAUUGCUGAGAAUCUUCAAAUUGGCAAAAUCCUGGCCGGCCUUAAAUAAGCUUAUGAAAAUCAUUUUGAAGUCAUUUGGUGCCUUGAGUAACCUCACUCUGGUUUUGAUUAUCACCGUGUUUAUUUUUGCUGUAGUAGGAAAACAGGUUUUGGGAAGCUAUUAUGAGAAUAGUACUCGAAUAAGUACAGAUGGGAAGUUACGCUGGCAUAUGAAAGAUCUCUCUCAUUCAUUACUUAUUGUAUUCCGAAUUUUAUGUGGAGAAUGGAUUGAAACCAUGUGGGAAUGUAUGGAAGUGGCUGGGAAAGCACGGUGUCUUCCUGUCUUCCUGACAGUCCUGGUGAUAGGAAAUCUAGUGGUACUCAACUUGUUCAUUGCCCUGCUCCUGAGUUCUUUCAGUAGUAACACCCAAACAACACCAGAAGGGACUGAAAUUAAACUUCAGCUUGCUUUUGAUCGUAUUUACAGUGGUUUGCAGUUCAUGAAACGCAUCAUAUCGGAUCAAAUUGGCAAAAUACUGAGACAAGAGCUGACACUGCAAGCCUGUCAGAAGGCUAAAAUGAAAGCAACUGCCCCAGCCAUGAAGAUGUAUGAGGAUUUUGUGACGCAUACUAAAACAUCUGUCUGUGUCCCCAUUGCUGAGGAAGACCUGUACAGCGUGGAGUAUGAUGAUUCAUGCAGCAUGUACUCCACAGAAAUGGAGUAUGGAAAAUGGGAAGACCACCUGAGACACAGAGAGCAAAGCAAAAGUUCAGGAACCUUGAGUCAGUUGUCCAGAACUUCUGCAAGCGAGAGCAAGAUAUCCAUGGAUACACUACAGAAGGAAAAUCAACAAAAGAAUCUAGAUGCCAUGAGCUGUUCUGAGGCCAGCACAGUGGAUAUGUAUACUUUUGUGGGGAAUUACCAACUAGCUGAAAAGCCAAGCACACCUGAGGACUGUUUUACAGAAGGCUGUGUCCGAUAUUUUCCAUUCUGUUCAGUGGACAUCACAAAGUACCCAGGUGACACUUGGUGGAGAUUUAGGAAAACCUGCUUCAGAAUUGUUGAACAUAACUGGUUUGAAAAUUUUAUCAUAUUCAUGAUAGUGCUGAGCAGUGGAAGUCUGGCAUUUGAAGACAUUUACCUUGAAAACAGAAAAAAUAUUCAAAACCUGCUGAGCUUUGCUGAUAUAAUGUUUACCUACAUCUUUUUCCUGGAGAUGAUUCUGAAAUGGGUAGCUUUUGGCUUCCAAAAGUAUUUCACCAGUGCCUGGUGUUGGCUUGAUUUUGUUAUAGUGUGUAUUUCACUCAUCUCCUUGGGGCCAAAAAGUACAUCGAUUCUGGAAUAUCUCUGUGCUCAGCAGAGUUCCUUGAAAUCUAUUAGAACACUACGGGCAUUGAGACCCCUACGAGCCUUAUCCAGAUUUGAAGGCAUAAAAGUUGCUGUACAUGCCCUUCUAGGAGCUAUCCCUUCCAUCCUGAACGUUAUGCUCGUCUGUGUUGUCUUCUGGCUCCUAUUUAACCUCAUAGGAGUGAAUGAAUUUGGGGGGAAAUUUUGGAAAUGCACUAAUAUAUCCCCAAAUAUGAAUAUUACUAACAAAAAUGACUGUGUUAAUUUCAAUGUGACUGGUUCCCUAAAGUGGGAAAAUACUAAUGUAAACUUUGAUCACGUUGGGAUGGGUUACCUGGCUCUUCUUCAGGUGGCAACUUUUAAAGGCUGGAUGGACAUUAUGUAUGCAGCAGUGGAUUCACAUGGGACUGAUCUGCAGCCUACAUUUGAAUAUCGUGUAUACAUAUACAUAUAUUUUGUGGUAUUUAUAAUUUUUGGAUCAUUCUUCAUGUUGAACCUUUUCAUCGGAGUUGUUAUCAACAAUUUUAAUGAACAAAGAAAAAAGAUAAGUGGAAAAGAGCUAUUUUUGACAAAGGAUCAGAAAAAAUAUUAUAAUGCAUUAAAGAAACUUGGGUCUAAGAAACCACAAAAACCCAUCCCAAGGCCCCUGAACAAAUUCCAAGGUUUUGUUUUUGACAUUGUAUCCCACCAAGCAUUUGAUAUUGCCAUUGCAAUUUUCAUCUUCUUUAACAUGAUUGCCAUGAUGGCGGAAAAUGAGGAUCAAGACACUAAAAACAUUCUUGUUCAAAUCAACUUGGUCUUUGUUCUCAUCUUUACUGGAGAAUUCAUCCUGAAAUUUCUGGGCCUAAGACAUUACUACUUUACUAAUGGUUGGAAUAUAUUUGAUUUAGUUAUUGUGAUCCUUUCAUUAAUCAAUUUGGCACUUUCUGAAGUAUUCAAGACUUUCUUCUCUCCUUUGCUUUUGAGAAUUAUUCGCUUGGCACGGAUUGGCCGAAUCCUAAGACUAAUUCGAGCAGCUAAAGGAAUUAGAACUCUCCUUUUCGCAUUAUUGAUGUCCCUUCCUGCUCUGUUCAACAUUGGUCUGUUAUUGUUUUUUGUCAUGUAUAUUUAUGCUAUUCUUGGCAUGAAUAAUUUUGCCUGUGUUGGUUGGAAUGGUGGGAUUGAUGACAUUUUCAACUUCCAAACCUUUGUUAGCAGCAUGCUCUGUCUCUUCCAAAUUACAACAUCAGCUGGUUGGGAUGGGCUUCUGAGCCCUUUGUUAACUAGCACUUCAUGUGCUCCAAAUUUAAAUGUAACAAAUUUAAAACUUAGUUGUGGAGACCCUUCUAUAGGUAUUCUGUUUUUUGUUAGUUAUGUCAUCAUAACAUUUCUCAUUGUUGUAAACAUGUACAUAGCUGUUAUUUUAGAAAACUUCAAUGUUGCUACUGAAGAAAGCGCAGAACCUCUAAGUGAUGAUGACUUUGAUAUAUUUUAUGAAAUCUGGGGAAAAUUUGAUCCUAAAGCAACUCAGUUUAUUAAGUAUUCUGCACUUUCAGACUUUGCAGAUGCUUUGGCAGAACCUUUACGCAUACCAAAACCAAACCAUCUUGAGCUUAUAGCAAUGGACCUUCCCAUGGUCAGUGGAGAGAAGAUCCACUGCUUGGAUAUCUUGUUUGCUUUUACCAAACGAGUGUUAGGAGAAUAUGGAGAUAUGGAUGCUCUGAGAGUACAGAUGGAGGAAAGGUUUAUGGCUGCCAACCCAUCCAAAACUUCUUGCAAACCAAUCACAACUACUCUUAGAAGGAAACAGGAGGAGGUGUCUGCCAUUGUUAUUCAAAGGGCUGUCAGGAGUUAUUUGCUUCAGUGUUCUGUGAAAUAG